CCUGGGCUCUUCCGCCGGAAGCGGAAGUGGCGGUGGCGCGGUUCGUGGCUCCAGGCCCCCGUCCCUGUGGGGAGCGAUUUGCGGCAGAGGUUUUCAAGGGGAAACUGAGACCGGCGUUUAGCCGGACUCUGAAACCCGAAUCUUCUUGUUGGACGAAGGGAAGGCCACCCGCUGCGGAUGGGCUCCAAGACCAAGAAGCGCGUGGUGCUGCCCACCCGCCCCGCACCCCCCACGGUGGAGCAGAUCUUGGAGGACGUGCGGGGGGCGCCGGCCCAGGACCCCGUCUUCACCGCACUAGCCCCGGAAGAGCCUCCAGUCCCCUCCAGGAACACCGAGGAUCCUGAGGCCCAGUGGGAGCGGUUCUAUCUGCAGGGCCGGGCCUAUGUGGCCACCAAUGAUCGGCUGCAGCAGGCCAGGGACCAGGUGAGGCAGAGGUGCGAGGACCUGUGUCGAGCCAGUGAGGAGCUGGAGCGGGACGUCGGCCAGGUGACACAGACUGUGCUGCCGGUGACCUCGGCCACCUCAGACUGACUGGGACUGUGGGUCUGGGGCAGCACUCCAUGCUGCCCGCCUCAGCUGCUCCCCAAGAGCCAUGCACCCCAGGAUGACGUCCCACCCAUCCUCUGACCUUGGAAGCUCCGGGUCAUCACGUCCUUCUCUGACACCGGGCAAGCAGUACCCACCCAGCAGGCUCCAUGGACUGCAUCGGGGCCCAGCUGCAGGUUCAGGAGGUGGGGUUUGGGCACAGCGGCUCUGAGCGGUUCUGUUCCCUCCUCUGCCCACAAGAGCUCUGAUCUGAGUGGGGCUCUGGUGCAGCUCUGCCUCCUUCUCUUCCAGCCCCCACUCAGGGUAAGAAGCACCUGGCCUGAGGUGUGCACGCCCCUCUGUCCACCUGAGUCCCAGGCCUGGCUGCACUGUUGACUGUGUGACUCAGGAUCUUUGGAUCCUGCCACAGGCCAGGCUGGUCAUUACCACAGCCCUAGGCUGCUGCAGUCACCGUCCCCACUGGCUUCAAGACAGACCCCACCCCCAUCCCAGCCAGCUGCACAGCACUUAGUGUCACCUUGGUUAGGGGACAAGCUGGGGUCUUCGGGCCAUGCUACUGCCCUCACAGCUCUGGCCCUACCUUUUCCAUGGGCAGCUGGGGGCUGGCCAGAGCAUCUUGAAAAGGGCUCUUGCCUAAACAAAUCAGAUCCAGGCCCCAGGUGUUAGGAGAGUGAAUGCCAGGCCCACAGGGUGAUGCAAGCCUGGCUCCGUUCUGCCAGGAGCAGGUAUGGGGAUGUCCACUUCAUCUACAGCCCCAAGCCCAGAGCCUGCUGUCCUUUCCUGUCCAGACUCAGCUCCUGGGAAACCAGGCUUUGUUUCUGGAACAUCAAAGAUGUUUCUCAGCCAGGUAUAAGGGCACACGCCUGACAUCCUAGCGCUGGGGAGGCUGAAGCAGGAGGAUCUCGACCCUGUCUCAAGAAAUCAAAUUUUAAAAAAUAGAUCUUUCUCUUUCCCUGAAAUGGAGGUACUGUUUAAGCCUUCAAGAAUCCCUUUAAACUAGAAGCUGGAUACUGGGGGACCCAGCCUAAACCCUCAAAGGCUUGCCCUGGUCACCCACCCCAGAGCUUUGCUGCCAGGCCAGGUGGGUGUGGGGACCUGGGGAGCUGACACCUGCCAGCCCCUUACCACCUCACACUGCCUCUGCCCCUUGGGUCAGGCUGUGCUCACCGGAAGUGACCUUGACAUGGCCAGCCCAGCUCCAGUGUGCUGGUUGUGUUCUCAGUAAAUGGCGGGCUUAUUUGGGUCCUACUGGCCCCUGGUACCCUCUUCCUGAUGGGGGCGGCUGUGGCUGGCAGGCCCUCCAUUCCCGCCUCACAGCCACAGGCAAGGUUGGGACCCAUGCCCAGGUGGGCCACUGACUGGGGAGCUGUCUGCCCUCAGAACUCCACAUGGGACCAGCUUGGCCUGAAGCAUCCAUUUGGCCCACAGGGUCAUGGUGGGCACCCUGGCUUCCCCCAUCCUCAUCCCAUCUUGAAAUCAGGAGCUGGAGGUGAUUUGACAGCUUGUUUUAUUAAAGGUGUACAAGAAGCCAGAUGCCUGCUGGGCAUUGUGCUUCGGCCAGA